GAAUUUGCAGCUCAGAUGUCUGCGCUGCACAAACGUUACAUUAUAUGCAUGAUUGCGUAGAAACAAAUACUCUUUAUCGUGCUGAUUGGAUGCUCCUCAGACAGCUCGAACAGAAUAUAUUCUCCUGUGUCUUCAUCUUGUUUCAAUGACCGGUGCAAAGAUUUAAAGAAGAUGGUCCUAUUGAACCACAUGCAGUAAUCUCAUAUGACUCUUGACACAUUCCAGCUCAUGCUUCUUAAUGGCAUCAAUGAUUAAAGAAGCAAUUCAUUUAAUUAUACACUGGCGAAACUUGCUUUGGUCAGGUCUUUGCUGCCAGGAGUGAUUGAAAUUGCAGUGUCGAUGAUUAAGCGAGCUCUGGGCAGCUGCCAGGAUCUGUAUAUGGAUUGUGUAUGAGCUCAAUGGAAGACUGAUUGGUUUGGGAACAAUGAAAGGAUGAUCCUGUCACUGGCCGGAGGUGUGUGUGUUGUAUGGGGCUGGAGGACAGGACUGAAGGUCAAGGUGAGACAGAUGUCCUAUCUUCUACUCCACAGUACACAACUCUGACAUGGACCCAUCCCUCAUGUACUGAGAUAGCACGCUGCAGAUUUAAAGACCCUGCCCUUAUCCGUAAUUCUCAUAACGGACCCGCUUGUGUUAGACUGCGGUCACCAUGCUGUUGACUUUGCUGGUGGACGUCCUCUUAACUAUGUCGGCCCUCCAAAUUGUGGCCUCUGAUCAGAUCACGGCUCCAGAUCCCUGCUCGGCCUACAUCAGUCUGAAUGAGCCCUGGAGGAAUACUGACUACCAUGUCAACAACUCAGCUGGUGUGCCCUUGUGUGACCGGCAUGUAGCCGGUGAGUGGUACCGCUUCACUGGUAUGGCCGGUGACGCCAUGCCCACCUUUUGCGUUGAGGAGAACCACUGUGGCACCCACGCACCAAUCUGGCUCAAUGGCACCCACCCAAUGCCUUCCGAUGGCGUCGUCACAUUGCCUACAUGUGCAAGCUUCAAUGAUGACUGCUGCCACUGGCACGGGACGGUGGAUGUGAAAGCUUGUCCCAGGGGUUACUAUGUAUACCGCCUGCCGCGCCCCUCGGUAUGCUUCCACGUGUACUGUGGCCAUUUCUACGACAUCUGUGACGAAGUGGAGUGCACUGGUCCAGACUGUCCACUGCAACUUGAGUGCCGUUGCCCUGCUGGGACUGUUUUGGGGCCAGACUCCCAGACUUGUCUGGACAUAAAUGAGUGUGAGAGUAGCAAUGGUGGAUGUGCUGAAAUGUGUUUGAACACCAAGGGCGCAUGGCGGUGCGAGUGUGGCCCAGGCCGAGUACUGGAUGCCGAUGGCCGGACCUGCAGCGAGAUCGCGGGCUGCCACAACGUGAAUGGAGGAUGUAGCCAUGGAUGCUCAUCAGAGGAUGACUCGUAUUACUGUCACUGUCCAAGAGGCCUAACGCUGGGGGAGGACAAGCGAAGCUGCGAGGUGCCUGUGCAUUGUGAUCCCAGCUCUAUUGAUGUGUCUGUUCCCAAAGACCUUGUGGGUGGCCUGGAGCUCUUUUUGUCAAAUUCCUCUUGUCGUGGAGUCUCUAAUGGCACUCACAUCAACCUUCGUUUCAGCCUGAAGACCUGCGGCACCGUGGUCAAGGUAAUUGAUGACAGAAUUAUCGGCACAAAUCUGGUCACCGGACUGCCAAAGUCAAGUCCGACCAGCAGUGGAGAUGUAAUUGUACGCACCAGCAAACUUUUGCUGCCCAUAACGUGCGAGUUCCCGGGUCACUACGAUGUAUCAGACGGUUACCUUCCCAGUGUACGCAGCUCUGCACUGGAGCUGUCAGGACACAGCGAGGGCAUCUUUCCCUUCACACUGGAGCUGUUUAAGAAUGCAGAGUUCUCUGAGCCGUACAACAGUCCUCCUCAGCUGCGCUUACGUGAUGCGCUGUACUUUGGCGUGGAGCCACGUGAGCGUGUGGAGGGCCUUGCUGCACUCGUGGAGACCUGCUUCGCCACGCCUGGCCCCAAUGCUGACCAAGUCCUCAAAUAUUACCUCAUUAAAGAUGGCUGUAUUUCGGAUGAGAUGGUACGCCAGCUCUCAGCUAAAGAUCAGCUCUCCAAACACUACCAGGUUCCUGUCUUCAAGUUCAUCGGCAGUGACAACAGGGAGGUGUACCUGCACUGCCGGGUGGUAGUGUGUGGCGAGGGAGAGUCACGCUGCACACAGGGCUGUCGCAGACGUCUGAGGCGAGACCUCUGGACUGAACAACACCAGGAGAAACGCACACUAACCGGAGGACCCAUUCUCAUUCUGCCAGAUCUGUAACGCACACACACACACAAAUCUGACAUCCACCAUUCCAUCUAUAACCUUAAUGCCAGUUACACAGACCCCAUUAACCCCAUACUGACGAUUGAAUGUGUUCGGCCAUUCUGAUACUCAGUGCAUCAAACGUGCACAUACUGUACAUCUCAGCCUCAAUUCAACUCAAUUCAACGCACCGACAUCACACUCGUUAUACCUGAGCCAAUAAAACUCCCUCUUACGUCAUCAUAGAUCCGUCUUUCCUCCGAGUUCAUGGAAGCACUGAAGCGUCGACAUCCAUUUUCUUAGCUAGUCCUUAGCCAUUCCAGAAUAUAACCUUUAAUACAGAAUGUACAUUUAUGUCAAUUACAAAUGAUCAUGACAGCAACAUUUGCAUACAGUUUUACUAUGCGAGUGCUUUGCCAUCAGAUUUUUUUUCAUAUGAAUUAUGCAUAAUAAAUUUUUUAUAUAUAUAUAUAAUAAUAUAUAUAGUAAUAGUUAUGUAAUAUGUCAUGUUUGACAUGGAUUAAUAUUAUUUUGCUCAAAAUAAAUGAAUUUUGCUUGCAAUUUG